UUUAAGGGCAUGCAGCAGUAACUGCAAGUUCCGAUGGUCUUGAACGCAGCUACGUCGCUGCUUGCGACGCGUGUUUCGGCAAGGACACACACAGAGUCUGGAAUGACAUUGUGUAAGUUAUCGAACUAGUGUGUUUGGAGGAGUCGCUGCUGUCGUUGGCCUUCAGGAGACAACACACCAGAACCCAGGCACAAGAAGCGCUGUAUUUAGAGGGUCUUAAGCUGGGAUUUUUGCCUGGAAAGGUUCAUAAAGGUGAAAGCACUUUGUUCCAUUUGGGAAAUCUCUCCAGAGUGCCCCCCCUGUCUGAAAGGAAGCGCCGCUGUGUCCUCGGAGCAUCCUCUGAUGAGGGUGAUGCUGUGCUGGUGACGGAGGUUUUCUCAGCCGCUGUUGUGAAUGGCUGUGAGCAGAGGGGGCAUCGCCUUCUGGGUUGGUUGUGUUCACAACAACAGCAGAGGGCAGCCCAUCAGGAAACAGUUCUGGACUAUCGGCCAGGCGGUUGACUUGCUCUGCAUCCGUCAGACACGCCCCUUGAGAAGUGCAUCAUGGGGACUCUCGCCACCCAACAGCCUGAGGUACCAGGAGCCCGCUAAGCAGUCUGUGCUCGCGCACCCAUUCCACAACGCCAGUCAGCCUCAGAGAUGUAGUUCCUACGACGAUGACUGGGACGAGCCCCCCAGCGAGUGCGUGCCGGCGCAGCAGAGGGAGCCAGACGUCUUCCACACGCAGCAGGACAUCGCUCUGUUGACUUACAGUAGAAUGAAAGAGCUGCUGGCUGCGGAUCCCCCCGAGUUCUUGCAGUUCUUCUUGCCCGUGACUACAGUGGACGGACGCAGGGAGGAUGACAUCAGCAUGGGCACCUUGAAGAAAAACAAUGUGGAUGCUGUAAACAGAGAACACGGCUGCUUUAGGAGUCUGUUCCAAAUGGAGAGGUGCCCGGCUCCUUUCCUGUACGGCUCGCAGUUUUACUGUUUUCACUGCCCGGACAAGGAGCCCGCUUUUCACAGUGCAAUACAAUCCAAGGACAAGAACAUUGAGAGGGUCGAGGGGCCCGCUGUGCAUCCGACUUACCUGUGUCUUCAUGCUGAGAGCCGCGCACCCGAAGGAGACAAAGACGCAGAAGAGAAAAUGGCCGUCAUGUACGAAAGGCUGAGGUCCGAGCUUCCGGUUUUCUUCGAAAAGCCCCACGAUUACAGCAUGUACUCCCCUGACGUGGAAUUCGUCAAUGGGAUCCUGAAUACCAAGAUGAGGGGCCGCACUCUGUACCAGCUCACCCUCUCCUUGUGGCGUUUUCUGUGUCUGUGUUAUUACGCCGAAGCACGACUGGAGGUGCUCAAACUCACCAAGCACAUGGAAGACGGAACAAUUAAGGCUCGCUGGAGGAUCAGGGGUCUUCCCUUCCAUUCUAUAUGGAUUCGCUUCUACCGCAAAGACAAAACUCAAUUAUACAGGUUGUAUGACGCAUUCUCUACAUUUUACAUUGGAAAGGAUGGACUCAUUCAGUGUCAUAAAGUUGAAAAAGUGAUGCCAGCUCAGCCUCCCGCCUUACCCAGAGUGACUACCCUCCUGGCAGGAGUUCUGGUGGCUAUGGGAGUGCAGGAGAACCGACCCGCCCUCAACCUGUUCCCUCUCCUCAUGUCCUCCCUUCGACCUGGUAGAAAUUAAAACGGCAGUGACCAUUACAGGACCUUGACGUUAACUGUAUGUCUGUUUAAUUCGGUGUAUCGUUCAUUUCUGUCACAGCAAUGCAUUAUUGUCCGCUUUCUGCAGUGCAAGAAAAAAAAAAAAAAAAAAA